CACCGUGGCGGUGGCCGCAGCUGGCUCAGGACCUCCUACCGCCAGAGCGGGCGGCUCCCUGGGUCUCUCCAAGCAGCCCCUGAUGCCUGGCACCUAUGCCGAGCACCCGCGGGCCCCGGCUGUAACCCGGAACGCUGACUAGAGCAUGAUCUGUGCCCGGUCCUGGACUGCCAAGGAAUUGAUGCGCAUACACGCGGUGGGUCAUUAUGCUGCUGCACCUGUGUAGUGUGAAGAAUCUUUACCAGAACAGGUUUUUAGGCCUGGCUGCCAUGGCGUCGCCAUCUAGAAACUCCCAGAGCCGCCGGAGGUGCAAGGAGCCGCUGCGUUACAGCUACAGCCCUGACCAGUUCCACAACGUGGACGUCAGAAAUGGCCCCCACGAUGGUGUCACCUUGCCCCGCUCCACCAGUGACACUGACCUGGUCACCUCGGACAGUCGUUCUACGCUCAUGGUCAGCAGCUCCUACUACUCCAUAGGGCACUCGCAGGACCUGGUUAUCCACUGGGACAUCAAGGAGGAAGUGGACGCCGGAGACUGGAUCGGCAUGUACCUCAUCGAUGAAGUCUUGUCUGAAAACUUUCUGGACUAUAAGAACCGUGGCGUCAACGGUUCUCAUCGGGGGAAGAUUGUCUGGAAGAUCGAUGCCAGCUCUUACUUUGUGGAACCUGAAACUAAGAUCUGCUUCAAAUACUACCAUGGAGUGAGUGGAGCCCUGCGAGCCACCACCCCCAGCGUCACAGUCAAAAACUCCGCAGCUCCCAUUUUUAAAAACACUGGCUCUGAGGAGACUGUCCAAGGGCAAGGGAGUCGCAGACUGAUCAGCUUUUCCCUCUCAGAUUUCCAGGCUAUGGGGCUGAAGAAAGGGAUGUUUUUCAACCCAGACCCUUACCUGAAGAUUUCCAUUCAGCCAGGGAAGCACAGCAUCUUCCCUGCACUCCCGCACCAUGGGCAGGAGCGGAGAUCCCGGAUCAUCGGCAACACUGUGAACCCUGUCUGGCAGGCAGAGCAAUUCAGUUUUGUGUCCUUGCCAACCGAUGUGCUGGAAAUUGAGGUGAAGGACAAGUUUGCCAAGAGCCGCCCCAUCAUCAAGAGAUUCUUGGGAAAGCUGUCGAUGCCUGUGCAGAGGCUCCUGGAAAGACAUGCUAUAGGGGAUAGGGUGGUCAGCUACACACUUGGCCGCAGGCUUCCAACUGACCAUGUGAGUGGACAGCUGCAAUUCCGAUUUGAGAUCACUUCCGCCAUCCAUGCAGAUGACGAGGAGACAUCCCUGGGCACUGAGCCGGAGUCUGCAGAAGUCUCAGAGCGCCUCGUGAACCACGUGGUGGAAAGCAGUCCUGGAGAGCCCUCAAGCGACAGCGCAGAGCCCCCCACGGGCGCGAAGCCGGGGCCACCCGGCGAGGGUGACGGGGCCGAGGCCGCGGCGGAGGGAGCAGCGGGGGACCCCGAGCCGCCUGGGGACGAGGCCGCGUCCUCCGAGGGGCCCGAGGGGGCCGCGGAGCUUCGGGAGCCCGGGCAGCAGGACCCCCACCCCGCCCUGAGCGCGGAGGAACUGGCCGAGGGGCUCGAGCUGGAGGAGGAGGCGGACGGGCCCCCAUCGCCGCCGCCCGCGGAGGGCAGCCCGGCGGAGGAGGAGGCGUCGGAAACCGGGGCGGCGGCGGCGGCGGAGACGGAGGCGCUGCGGGAGGACAAGGUCCGGGAGGAGGAGGACGAGGAAGGGGACGUGUGCGCCCUGGAGCCGCCGCCGCCGCCGCCGCCGCCGCCCGGGGCCUGCAAGAAGAAGAGCCGGCCGUGCUCGCUGCCUGUGUCGGAGCUGGAGACGGUGCUGGCGUCGGCGUGCGGGGAGCCCGAGACCCCGCGCACGCACUACAUCCGCAUCCACGCGCUGCUGCACAGCUUGCCCGCCGCGCGCGACCACGGCGCCGCGGACGACCCCCGGGACCAGGACGCGCCCGGCAGCGACGGGGACACGCUCGCCGCCCAGCCGCCGCCGCCCGCCGCCCCGGGGGGAGACGACGUCGAGCCGCCGCCCGAGGGGAGCCCCACGCCCGGCGCGGCGUCCCCCGGCCUCGCCCUGCCCGGCGCGGCGUCCCCGCCCGGCUUGGCCAAUGAUCACGGCGGCGGCUCGGCGGCCCCGAGCACGGGCAGCGAGAGCGACUGCAGCCCGAGGCAGGGCGCGGAGCUGGGCUGCGGCUGCUGCAGCCCCUCCUGCUACAGCUCGUCCUGCUACAGCUCGUCCUGCUACAGCCCCUCGUGCCACAGCCCCUCGUGCCUCCACGCCGCGGGCAGCCGCUUCGCCAGCCACACGCGGUUCUCGUCGGUGGACAGCGCCAAGGUGUCGGACAGCACGGUGUUCUCCUCGCAGGACGACGACGAGGACGACGAGGAGAACAGCGCCUUCGAGUCGGUGCCCGACUCCAUGCAGAGCCCCGAGCUGGAGCCCGACGCCCCCCGCGGGGCCGGGCUGUGGCACGACGAGCUGGCUGCGCCCGGCGGCGGGGGCGCGGCUAGACGCGCCGGAGGUCCCGAGUGCCCCGCGGCUAGGCCGCCGCCGCCGGGCGAUCGCGAACGGAGAGAAGGUGAAUGCCCUAUGCUCCAUAAUUCCCAGCCAGUAAGCCAGCUUCCUUCCUUGAGGCCUGAACAUCAUCACUACCCAACAAUCGAUGAGCCUCUUCCACCAAACUGGGAAGCUCGAAUUGACAGCCAUGGGCGGGUCUUCUAUGUGGACCACGUGAACCGCACAACCACCUGGCAGAGACCAACAGCAGCAGCCACUCCAGAUGGGAUGCGGAGGUCGGGGUCGAUCCAACAGAUGGAGCAGCUCAACAGGCGAUAUGAAAACAUUCAGAGAACCAUUGCCACUGAGAGGGCUGAGGAUGGCUCCGGCGGCCAGAGCUGUGAGCAGAUACCAGCCGGAGGCAGCGGUGGAGGGAGCGACUCGGAGGCAGAACCUUCCCAGUCAAGCUCAGACCUGAGGAGAGAGGGGUCACUUUCUCCAGUCAACUCACAAAAGAUCACCUUCCUGCUGCAGUCCCCGGCGGUCAAGUUCAUUACCAACCCCGAGUUCUUCACCGUGUUGCAUGCCAACUAUAGUGCCUACCGCGUCUUCACCAGUAGCACUUGCUUGAAGCACAUGGUUCUGAAAGUCCGACGGGACGCUCGAAACUUCGAACGCUACCAGCACAACCGGGAUCUGGUGAACUUCAUCAAUAUGUUCGCAGACACCCGGCUGGAGCUGCCUCGGGGCUGGGAGAUCAAAACGGAUCAGCAAGGAAAGUCUUUCUUUGUAGACCACAACAGCCGAGCGACCACUUUCAUUGACCCCCGCAUCCCUCUUCAGAAUGGUCGCCUCCCCAGCCAUCUGACGCACCGGCAGCAUCUGCAGAGGCUCCGCAGUUACAGCGCCGGAGAGGCCUCAGAAGUCUCUAGAAACAGAGGAGCAUCUUUACUGGCGAGGCCAGGACACAGCCUAGUAGCUGCUAUUCGAAGCCAACAUCAACACGAGUCAUUGCCACUGGCUUAUAAUGACAAGAUUGUAGCAUUUCUUCGCCAGCCCAACAUUUUUGAAAUGCUGCAAGAACGUCAGCCAAGCUUGGCAAGAAACCACACACUCAGGGAGAAAAUCCAUUACAUUCGGACAGAGGGCAGUCAUGGGCUCGAGAAGUUGUCCUGUGAUGCAGAUCUGGUCAUUUUGCUGAGUCUCUUCGAAGAAGAGAUCAUGUCCUACGUUCCCCUGCAGGCUGCCUUCCACCCUGGGUACAGCUUCUCUCCCCGCUGCUCACCAUGCUCCUCACCUCAGAACUCCCCAGGUUUACAGAGAGCCAGCGCAAGAGCACCUUCACCAUACCGGAGAGACUUUGAAGCGAAGCUCCGCAAUUUCUACCGAAAAUUAGAAGCCAAAGGAUUUGGUCAGGGUCCAGGGAAAAUCAAGCUAAUCAUACGCCGGGACCACCUGUUGGAGGGAACCUUCAAUCAGGUGAUGGCCUAUUCCCGGAAGGAGCUCCAGAGGAACAAGCUGUACAUCACAUUUGUUGGAGAAGAGGGCCUGGACUACAGCGGUCCUUCUCGAGAGUUCUUCUUCCUCUUGUCUCAGGAGCUCUUCAACCCCUACUAUGGACUCUUUGAGUACUCCGCAAACGACACGUACACGGUGCAGAUCAGCCCUAUGUCUGCAUUUGUAGAAAACCAUCUUGAAUGGUUCAGGUUUAGUGGUCGUAUCCUAGGUCUGGCUCUGAUCCAUCAGUACCUUCUGGAUGCUUUCUUCACAAGACCCUUCUACAAGGCACUCCUGAGGCUGCCCUGUGAUCUGAGCGAUCUGGAGUACUUGGAUGAGGAGUUCCACCAAAGCCUACAGUGGAUGAAGGACAAUAACAUCACAGACAUCCUCGACCUCACUUUCACUGUGAAUGAAGAGGUUUUUGGACAGGUGACGGAAAGAGAGCUAAAGUCUGGAGGUGCCAACACCCAAGUGACAGAGAAGAACAAGAAGGAGUACAUCGAGCGGAUGGUCAGGUGGCGGGUAGAGCGUGGCGUGGUGCAGCAGACCGAGGCGCUGGUGCGGGGCUUCUAUGAGGUUGUAGACUCAAGGCUCGUGUCAGUGUUUGACGCUCGGGAGCUGGAGCUGGUAAUUGCUGGCACUGCUGAAAUCGAUCUAAAUGACUGGAGAAACAACACUGAGUACCGAGGAGGUUAUCAUGAUGGCCACCUUGUGAUCCGCUGGUUCUGGGCUGCGGUGGAGCGUUUCAAUAACGAGCAGAGGCUGAGAUUGCUCCAGUUUGUCACGGGAACAUCAAGUGUUCCCUACGAAGGCUUCGCAGCCCUCCGAGGAAGCAAUGGGCUUCGGCGGUUCUGCAUCGAGAAGUGGGGGAAGAUCACAUCUCUCCCCAGGGCGCACACGUGCUUCAACCGGCUGGAUCUGCCUCCGUAUCCUUCAUACUCCAUGCUGUAUGAGAAGCUGCUGACAGCGGUGGAAGAAACCAGCACCUUCGGACUUGAGUGAGGAAACUGAACCUUGUCUGUCAUGGAUCUGGCCAGUGACAUCACCUUUUCUGGGAUGACCCCUUUCCUUUUCCCUUAAUCAAGUCUCCUUUGAUUUUGGCAUCCCAUGAUUUUUAUUUCAAACCAAAUCAGGAUGAACAAAAGCUGUGCAUGAAGACCUGCCUUCUACAAUCUCACCGUCAGGCUUAUCUCCUCUGUUUCCUAUGAACUGCUAGCCUGUAUGCAAUAUUACAAAACAGCUGUCUCAAGGCCUGUGUAUAUCUCCACAUACCUCCAUUACUGACAAUGAAAUAUGAAUGCAAGUUAUGCUACACUGACCAAACGGUAAUAAAUGUUUACUUCAAUUUCCAUCAUGUAAGGGAAGAAUUGAGCUGUAAGCAUUUCAAGCUUUUAUAUGCCCAUAUACUCUGAGCAAAACCACCAUGUUUUUUAUAAUUUCUACCAACCAAAUCCAGACCUAAGAGCUGAUCAACUCUUUGUUUUCCUUCUUCUGUCACCCCAAGCAUUCUUUUUAUUCACAGGACAGUAGUGGCAAAACUAAAAACUUGCUACAUUCACCUCUUGAUCUGUCCCAUAAGCCUGAACUGGCCUAGACAUAUGGUGCAAAUAUGACCCUUCCAACAACCACAAGAGCAAGAACAGCCUGUCCCGCUGCUGUGAAGCGGCGCAUCCCAGUGUUGGUGGGGCCUGUGGACUCCAGGGGGGUUCAGAGAAGUCUAGGGAAGGCGAACCCCGAGUGAACAGCUGACACUGGUGAAGCACAAACCCGGGCACACGUCCAAGGUGGAGCUUAACCCGCAGGGCCUAAUGGACGAGACGCGGUCCUCCUGGUGUUGUAUACAAUGCGUUAAGUAAACAGGAGAAAAGACAGACUACAUCAUUUUUUCCAGUACAUGAGUUCUUUAGUGUUUUGUUUGGUCUAGCUACAGUUCAUGCCUGUGUGUGCACACACACCCCAACACACACACACACAUACACACACACACACACACACACACACAUACACACACAAAAUGUACAGAUAAUCUCAUGAUUUUUGUUGGAGCCAGGUUUACUUGUCAGGAAAAGCUUUUGUUUUUAACUGUAAUAAUGACCUUUUGUACUUCUCUCCAAUCUCUCUCUCUCUCUCUCUCUCUCUCUCUCUCUCUGUAAUCAUGGUGUUUAAGUACAAGCCCUUCGUGUCUGAUUGUCCACAGGAACCACGUAAAUCAGAAGCUGCAGUGAGCGAUGGUGCUGGCUAGGGACCAAGGGCAAUAUGCAUUUCUGCAUCGUCUAUAGCAAUCCUCCACAGGCACAUGAGUGUCAAAAAACCUAGAUUAUUUUAGCAUUCAGUAAAAUGAUAUCUCGGAAACGAUGUUUUUAGAAAAAUACCGGCAGGCUCUAAAGACAGCCUGACUUCUUGAUUAUAUUUGAGAUAACUGCAACCAUUUGCUAUUUUUGUAACUGUGUUAUAUAUGUUGUCUGAAAUAUGUCAUAAGUGAAAGUGUUUUUUUCUUACCUGGGAAAAGAAGAGCUAAAACAGAUCCAACUAUAUAAAUGUCCUUUUGUUGUUUUAAAUAUAUUGAAACAAAGGAGAACUAUCAGAAAGUAAGACAAAGAUUCUAAAACACAGGAGAACUGUGAGAAAGCAAGGCAAAGUUAACUUAAGAUGAAGUCAUGCCUUGUGGCUCAGUAUAGCAGUCUGUGUCUGGCCAGUUUGUGUUCUCUGAAUCUCAAAUAAAACAUUUUACCAGUAGGAAUAAUUUACAAUGCCCUGCGCCUCUUGCUGCUAUGUAUAUGUUGUCAAACAGGAGGUACAUGUCAUAGAAACUUAACUCUGCAUUGCUGUCCAAGAAGAAUUUUUACUAAGCUAGGAUACAGUAUGGGUUGUAUGAUGUACAUCUCAAGGGAUAGGUAAAAUUUUAUAUACAUUUCAGUAUCUGAAGAGUACUAAGUUCUAACAGAGCUGUCAUUUGUGAAUUUAGAACAGAAGGACUAUGAAAAGUCACUCUCGCCAUAUCCUUACUCUGACUCUGAGCAGCAUCUUUAGAACUGCUGUUGUACAUAUAUAAUGAAUACCCACUAAUUCAAGUCUUUAACCUUAUCUUAGCACUUGUUUGUCAGGCAUUCAAAAGAACUUUGCUCAAAAGAUAAAGAUUGCUCCUGGAAAGCUUUAUAAUUUACAUAAAUAUGACUGUCUUUUAAUUAGAUUAAUUACUAUUUAUUAUACCCAUAUAUAGGAAGAAUACAUUAUCAUAGAAAUUAUAUAUGAAUAACUCAUUUGGGCAUAAAUUGUUUUUCAUUUAAUUGCUAAUUACCAGCCACCUCCACACUGAUGCCAUGGCUCUACAUGUAUCCACUAAUCAUAACAGCAAUAACAUUUCAUAAAAAUACAAAAUGCCACAAAGAGAUACAAUGUCAAAGUCACCUGAGAGAGUGGAAAGCUUGCUUACAGAGCUCCAGCAUUCCACUUCAGCCUCGUGUGGAGAAGGAAAUCAAAGAGAAGAGGCUCUCAGAAACCUGUCAUGGAAUGACCCUUUUUACCUCAUAGGUGAAGCUGAUUUUAAUACUACAUAUAACUUCAAUAUAUACAUGUGUGUACAUACAUGUAGAACUAUGUAUAUGUAUGUAUUUAUACAUAGUGAAGUGGCUAUAGAAAUCAUUUCUUCCAUUAAUAUUUAAAAGGUGGAGUUGUGAACCACAGAAAAGUCACAUAAUUCAGUGGAUAAGACAGAUGUAUUUGUUACCAACAAUUUUUUAAAUUUAUAUUUUCCAUGAAGGCAGUUGCAAAAUUAACCACUUAUAAGGCAUAACUUCAUUAAGACAAUGUAUUUUAGAGUUAAUUUUAAUAAGAACAUAAUACACUUAUAAGGCAACAAGAAUAAUAAAAGAAAGUGUAUGUUACAAUUUUGAAGUGCUUUAAAAGUGCUAUAAGGGUUAUAAUAAUUUUGUGGGUGCCACAGACUUUUUUAAUAUAAUACAAAGACAACAACCCCAAAAAUAGAAAUUGAGUCUGCAGAGAUAGUAGUAUUCUAUAACUCUCAAGGCUCUUGUGACAACAUACCGAUAUGAAACAGAGGGUGUGAUAGUUUUUAAUGCUGAUCCUGUUACAGCACAAAACUUGCUGAAGUUAAAUGAGAAAUUUAAAAGAUAAAUUUUUUGGCAGACUUUAUGCAUGCAAGAUUUAAAUCUUUUUUUUUUUUAACCCAUGCCCCUGUGUCCUUUCCCAGUAGGAAUAUUUCUGUGACAAGCAAUGACCUGAGGUUUCCGGGAAAUCUCAAUCACAUGUGUGCAUGUGUCAAGCCAUAUGUGUUCAAAAAAUUUCUCAGUUGCCACAAAUGUUUUCCCAGUCAAGAUGAAACACUUUCAAAUGACAGUAAUCUAAACUUUACAUGACAAAUGUGGUGCUUUAUUAACAUGAUCAUCAUCAUUAUUAUGUGUUUCAGUGUUCAUUAUUAAAAUUUUUGCAAUACUAUAAUCAUAAAAAUUUGAGAUGAAUAUUCCAUCAACCACAAAGUCCAAAAGAGAAAGUAUUAUCUUCGUGUCAGUGACAUGUAGUCCCUUUGUUCUUGUAGAGAAAAGGUGCCUAGAGGUAGUGUAUAAAUAUUGUUCCAUUAGCCUCUUCCUGCAGCUUCCAAUUUACCUGAGGAAAUGUCCGUAACAAUUUUGUUAAAAAGUCUUUGUUCUAAUAAAUAGCAGAAGUCCACAUUACUGGGCGUAUUUUGCUUACAUCAACAAAAGAAAUGUCACGUGAUACUCAGGCUUUCUCUUCCAUCCUCCACCUUCAAGGAAUGUCAAUAAACUCACUUUGGUAUGGCAA